AUGACCGAAGGCACUCAAUCUAAGCGCUUCGAGCCCAAGGUACCAGUCCAGCUGGACCCACCAAAGGACGACCUCAUCUCCACCGAGGAAUUGGCCAAAUGCGACGGUACCGAUCCCAGUCGCCCAACACUGGUUGCGAUCAAGGGAAUUGUGUUUGAUGUGUCACGCAACGCAGCCUACGGAUCUGCUGGUCAAUACAAGGUUUUCGCUGGCAAGGAUGCCUCUCGCGCUCUCGCCCGUUCGUCCCUGAAGCCUGAAGACUGUGUGCCGGAAUGGUAUGACUUGGAGGACAAGGAUAAGACCACGCUGGAGGAGUGGUUUACCUUCUUCAGCAAGCGGUACAACAUUGUUGGAAAGGUGGAGGGCGCGAAGAAUACCUAG